GUGUGCUUAUCUCUGGGCUCGUGGUUCCCUCCCCUCGUCAGGAAAGUAACACUUAGGCACUUCAAGUGGUAAUGCAGUAGGGGAAGAUUAAGAUGGCUCUGAGUGUGGCGGACAGAGCCGUUGGGGCCAUUAUUGGGGCGGCAGUGGCAGAUGCAGCAGCUCAGCCUAUGCACUGGAUCUACAACCAAGACAGACUGAAAGAAGUUCUCUCUGAUCUGGAGCCCUGUCCAGAGUUUCGGCCUCAGUCAGCGAAUCCUUUCUACCGCAGGACAACUGGCGAGCAGACCUGCUAUGGAGACCAGGCGUACGUCCUGCUGGAGUCACUGAGUCAGUGCGGAGAUGUCGAUGUGAAAGAUUUGACCAAGCGCAUCUACGAGUUCUUCGGACCAGGAACAGUCUACGAUCUGCCUCUCAACGAUCCUUACAGGAAGAAAGGAGGUCCCAAAGCUGUUCUCCCCAUCGAUGGUCCUUGGAGGAACGGGAGCCUGAAGGCUUUCAUGAGAAAUGUCGACGCUGGCAAAGAAGAAACAGGCAGUGACGUGGACUGUCAAAUGGAUGGCGUCACUAAGCUAGCCCCGGUGGUGGCCAUGUUCGCUGGGCAACCUGAGAUGCUGGAGAAAGUGGAGAAAGCCAUGCGGGUCACCCAGAAUGACGACAUGUGCGUGGCUGUGACGCUGGCUGCAGCGAGAUUUUUGGAGCAUUUCAUCCUGAACGGUCCAGAUCCGAACGCCCUGGAUGCAGUUCUGGCUCAGCUGAAUGACCCCAAGAGACAGAACCCUCAGGAGCUGGACAGGGCAGUCAUUGCGCAAAUCCACCAGGUGAAGGACAACCUAGCCAGACCGUCCCAACAGCUCAUACCUGACAUGUUCACAAACACAUGAGCUUUGCCCGGUGCGUUCCAGGGAGCGCUCCAUGGAGUCCUGACGCUGAACCAGAUGGAUGAGGCGGUCAGGGACACCAUGCGCCGCGGGGGAUGCACCGCCAGCCGAUCCUCCUUUAUAGGAGCCUGUUUUGGGGCGCAGACCGGCCUCCAGGGGAUCCCAGAGUCUUGGAGGAAGAGGACACUCAGAUACCCGGUGCUGCUGGAACUCGCUGAAAAAGUGGUCAAAAAAAGCCAGCAGUCAUAGUUCAGCUUUAAUUCGUCCUAAAAUCCAUCAGUUUUGUUGCUAAUUUAGCAUUUACUGAGUUGGAUUGCAUUUCAGAGAUAUUCUAAAAGAGCUACAGGUGUACUUUGACGCAGCUAUAUAUGACGGUUUCUUUCUAAAGUCUUGUCAGGAAUGAAACUUGAAUCCAUUUGCUCUGUCAAAGCUGCAUCGUGUAAGAAACACUUGUGGAACGAAUUCUCAAAUAAAAGCCGUGAUGUUAACAAUGUC